AAAACAUAUGCGAGUUUACUGAUAAAAUGUUACCCUCAAUACGCGACAAAAAAACUGGCUAUAUUUACAAGCUUAGCAAAAAGCUGGAAUGUAAGAUUGACCGUGAAUGUGAUGCCGAACUGAGAAAAAUCUCGAACAAACCAGCUUCCGAUUCGGAAGAUGAACCAGAAAGUCAUGUCUGCGCAGCUACCAACACACCAAUCUUCACCAGUUUAAAGAUGACCUGCUCCGAUAGCGAAGAUUCGCUGGAAGCUUCAGGCAGUGGUUGUUCCGUAUCCCAGGCAAGUGACAUCAAGAAUCAGCCAGAAGCAGCCAAAAUGUCACACGAGCCAACAUUAGGGAAUGAAUGUUCUUCAAGAGAACCAACAAUCGCAAAAGUUUUAAAUAUCUUAAUGCAGGUAUCAAAACAUGUGAAGAAAAUGAACGGAGCCACCGAUCUUAUCCAAACGGACUUGGGCAACAUUUCGAACCGAUUGACGAAAAUUGAGGAAACCGUGGACACUUCGGUGGCAACGCUUGAGAGAAUGAAGGAUAAGAUGACAAAAAAAGCAGUAUGUUUGGAAAAUCGAGAUAGCAAUUCCGUUGCGUUGUAUCCCGAUUUUAAAAAAAUAAGCAGCGAAGAGGAGUUAAUAGAGUUCGAUUGUAAGCUGGGCAGCGAUGAAGAAUAUUAUUCCAUUGUUAUAAAGUGGCUUAAAACACAAAUCAAGGAAACCGAUCCAGAUAAUCGGAUGCAUGUAGCAAUCGAUUUGAUAUUCGAACGAACGUUUUUGCCUCAAUGCAGUUGGUGUGGUAAGAGUAGACAGGAAUCGAAAAUAGCUUUUGGAUUACGAUAUAACAUAAGGCGAUUGUUUGCAGCUGUUGGUAGCAAUAAGUUUGUAACCGUGGAUGCAUUAUCGGUAGAAAGGUUUUUCAAGAAAAAGCUGCCUCAUGCUAAAACUAGGAUGAACUUAACUGGUAAUAGACCUUCAAUAUGUCAUAAGCAACGUGUCACGCAUCCUACACGGGAGCCGGAGUUCGACGAGCGGGUGCGCAACAUGAAGAAUUCCAUGCGCCACGUAACGCAAGAAGACGGCACUAGAGGUAAUGCCUCAGCGCCAUCGGAACUAGUAAAACUUGCGGCGGAAAGAGAGUUUUGUGAAAAAAUGUUACCCUCCAAACGUGUCAAACUAUCUGGUGUAGAAAACCAGAUCGGUCAAGAAUACGAUGCUGUACAAGAAGAAACAACUAAUGUAGAAUGUGGUCAGGAUGAUGAACAAGAGCGCGACAUUUUGGCUACUAAUGACGAAGCGUUCCUUGCCAAAUUGAGGAUGACCUGCUCAGACAGCGAUGAUUCGUUUGAAGCUUCUGAAGAUGACGGUUCCGUAUCCCAGACUAGCCGCACCAAUGGACCUUCGGGAACAACGCCAAUGCCCAACGGGGUUGGGCUGCAGGAUGAAAACGCUAUGAAGGAUUCUACGGCCGCCUCGCUUAUGAAUAUGUUCGCAUUACUAUCACAACAAAUUGAAGCUAUCGACAACAAAACCGAUAGCGUCCAAAGGCAAGUGAUGCACAUUUCGGACCGCUUGGGACGUGUCGAGAAAAAGUUGGGCUUUUCGAGUGCAACACUGGAACGAGUGAAAGAAGUCGUUUUAAAAACAGAUGAAUCUGUGACAAAACCAUUACGGCAACAAAUACCUUCAGUCGCGAAAAAUGUAGACAAAUCGGUAGCAACAGUUGGACUAAAGAAAAAUGUCGUUACUGGAACAACUGGUGAAACAUUGGCAAAUCCACUUAGGCAGGAAAUUCAAGAAAUCAAGAAAACAGUGGGCGAUUCGAUAACAACACUGGAACUAAUGAAAAAUGUUAUUGUAGUAACAGAUGAAACUUUGCAAGAUCUGCAACGGCAGAAAAUUCAAAGAAAUAUUUUCGAUUUAAUUACAAUAACUAACGAAGAGGAGUUCAAUGAGUUCGAUAUCAAGCUUGGUAACGAUAAAGCAUACUAUGAAAAAAUUAAAAAGGAGCUAAUGAUGCACAUCCAACCCAGUGAUAAAGGUAAACAGAUGCAGGAGGCGAUGUAUAUGAUUUUUGAUCAAUCGUUUUUGGCACUGUGCAGUUGGACCGGCCAUGGUAUAACCAAACCAGACGAGAAAAUAGCUUUUAAAACACGCACCAAUAUUUUGAAACUGUUUGCAGAUAUCGGUAGCAGUAACAGUAAUACCGUAGACGGUUAUUUCAUCCAAGAUUUUUUUAUAAAAAAGUUGCGUAGUGCACAGCCAAGGAUGCAAUUUGCAGGUACUAGUAAGGUCAAUUAACAUUAAUAGAAAAUCGUUAACAUUAUCACGAAAUCAAGCCGAAAAACGAGAGAAAUAAAGACGAGAAUGACAACGCAAAAGCAUGUACGCAGGGAG